AUGCAGUCUAUACUGCACCUUGCUGUCGUUUUAUCUUUUAUUUAUGUGGUUAAUGGCGUCGUGCUCAAAUCAACUAUGAACAAUAACUAUCCUCAAAUAGCUGUUCUAGGAUGUAAUAGCUCGAAGGCGAACUUGUAUUAUGACACUGACAAACAUGUCUGGGUUGAACAUUUAAUCAGUUCAUGUGUCAACGAUGAACAGAGUAUUCUCGAAUUUUGUAAACAAGCGUAUCCAUCCUUUCGUAUUGGCAAUAUUGUUCGCACAGAUACAGUAUUACGUUUUGAAAAUUGGUGUGAAUUAAUAUCUCCGAUCGACAAAAAUGGUGAUAACAUUCAUCGAUGUAAACAAGGCAGUGGUACUGAAGAAUUCGUCCAACCCUACCGUUGCUUAUAUCUGACUUCGAAACGCGAAGAGAUUACAUUACCAACAGUAGAUUGUACCAUGAAUAGUAUUAUCGGUACAGAUCAAUGUUUACGUGCUGAACAAUGGCGUCAACUGGCAUCGGUUGAAUGUGAAAAUAAAAACAUGAAUCUGAGCACUUCAGUUAUGACACUUGAUUGGUGUGGCUUGUCGGCCUUUCGCGGUAUUGAAUUUGUUUGCUGUCCGACGAAAAAAUCCAAUGAUAACGAUUAUGAAACAAGUCUUGAUGAACAAGAUGACAACGAUUUACUUGAAGAUGAUCCUAUUCAAGAUGGACAACAAUCUUCAAAUCAACGAAUUAUAGCAAUGACACUAGCAUCACGCGAACCAAGCUGGAUGGAAGAUUAUCGCCGAUGGAAUACCGACUCAGCAUAUUUUGCCGAUGAUGAAGAUACAAAUGAUGAUCAAACAGCUACCGAAGAACGCGAACGAUUUGCGAAAGAUAAGGAAUCGUUCAAACAGAAAUACAAAGAACAGAUCGAUGAAUUAAAGACCCGUUGGCAAAAUCAACAAAAGAAAGUUCAAUUUUUAGUCAAUGGCAAUGUUAGUGCAGCACGCGAACAAAUCGACAUCGAUUUUCGUCGAGAAUAUGAAUCUCUCAAACAAGCAGCUAGCCAAGAACGAACACGUCUCAAUGAACUACAUGAAAUACACUUAGAUAAUAUGCUUAAUACAGCCAAAGCCGAAGCCAAUAAAAAACUCAUCAAUGCAUGGAACAAUCUACCAUUGAAAACUGAAGAUAUUCAAGAAGCCCUUUAUAAUUAUCUUCAACUUCUACUGCGCGACCGUAUUCAUUUGGUCAAUCGUUACGAACGUUUACGUGCUGUCGAUCAACAACAAGCCGAGCGUAAACGAGUAUCGAUACACGAUCGAUUACGAUAUAUUGUCGAUCGCAUCAAUGAGGCAUUAAAUCAACUUCGACGAUAUCCAAAUCUGCAAUCGAAAAUUCAACCUCGUGUCGACACACUCUUCUCAGAAUAUGACGAAGUUAAUCAAGCGGCAGAUAAAUUAUUAACUGAUUAUGCAGCUACAUCAACAACGACAGUCGCCACUACAAAAAAGAUCCGCCUUCUACCAUUCGGUCGAGAUGAAAAGAAAAUCUAUCCAUUUUCAAUGUCAUCGACAACGACCACAACAAAUUCGUAUGAUACCGACAAUGAUAAUGAAUACGAUUACGCGAGUAAUGACGACUACGAUGUCGAAGACGAAGGUGAUGAUAAGACAUCGACAAGUACGAUAACAACAACUGAACCUGAACCAAUUAAUUACGAUCAAGUCGAGCCAAGCGAAAGCGAUUGGGAUAAUAGUAACGAUGAAAGCGAAGCAACAUUCGAUAUCAAGAUUGACGAUCAAAAUCAACAGGCGUUUAUUAAUGAAAAUGACAUUCGUCCGAUAGUUCCAAUCCAACGCACGCCAAAGAAUAUCUACGUUACAUAUUUACCAUAUGUAUUCGGAUGUUUACUUGUCGUCAGCGUUUCCAUUGGCUUGUUUCUCUUUCGAUUCAUUCGACAAAAUCGCUCGUACGGACAUAAAUACGAAAAGAAUUAUGUCUUUACCGAAGUUGAUUCGUGUUCACCUGAAGAAAAAGCAUUACACAACUUACAAAUGAACGGUUAUGAAAAUCCAACCUAUAGAUUCUUUGAAAAUCAAACACCGAAAUGUUAA